AUUGUAAUCGUCAUGGCUUCAAAUGAUCUAUUAGAAGAGUAAAAUUAAUGUAUACUAACUUGUGAUAUAUAGUGGCAUAAAGAAUAUUGCUAGAGAAUCCAAAAAAAACAGACCUAGAAUAAUUUAAUCAUUUAAGUGCUCUUUCGGAUACAACCUCCUAAUAUAUAUAAUCAAACUUAGAAAGUGGAUUCUAGGGAUCCUAAAAAUGUAACAAUAUUGCUAACAAUCACUUAGAGUCUUCAUUAAAUAGUUCAAAAAACAUGAAGAUUAAAAAUAAUAGAACCAUUGGAUCACUUCUAAAUAGUGAUAUAUCAAAUUACACUCUAUCCGAUGAUGAACUUGAGAAUGAAGAUAUGUCAAAAAAGGAUAAAGUAAAUGCUAUAGAAGAGGAAGAAUAAGACAUUGAUUCUGAUAAAGAAGUAUGAUUAUUGUCAUCUAGAUUUUUUAAAUUCCACCUAAUAUUGAAUCCCUAGAAAAACCACUAACUUAUGAUGAGUUGAAUAGAAAAUGCAAAAAUCUGGAGGCAGAAGUGAAAAAAGCAAAGUAAAUAUACGAAGUGCUAUUGGGUAUUAUCUCACUUUUAAUAAAUAGAUUAGACUUACAAUGAUAAAAGUAAAAUUAAGACAUUUGAAGCACAAGAAAAACACUACAAUGACUUAAUAUCCUAAAAUGCCACAAAAAUAUCCAGUUUGGAAGAGCAACUUUCAUCCUUACAAUAAGAACUAUAAGAGAAAAACAAUUAAUAAGAAUUGAUUAUUUAAAAAUAAAAAGAUAAAAUAAAUCAAAUUCAAUUCAAGUUAGAACAAUAAACACAACAAUAUAAUCAGCAAAUACAAUAAUUUAAAGAAUAAUUAACCCAAUAUCAAAAUUAGUUUAGUACAUAAGAAAAAGAAAGGUAGAAAACUAAUGGGCAAAAAGGAGAUUUAGUAUAAAACGAAUUGCUGAGUAAAUAAACAAUCAUUAUUUUUAGAAAUUAAAGAUUAAAUCAUUUAAUUUUUAGAAAAUGAACUAGCUGAGGUUAUGGUUUCUUGUCAACAACCAAAGACAAAACUUCUAAGUUAACUUAAAAUUAAUACAAACCCCAGUGAAUAGGAACUUAAAAAUUAUAGUAUAAAUUAAAACAAAUAGAAACUCAAAAACUAGGAUCAAUUUUUAUCUAAGCCUCCAAGUGCAAAAAAGUAAUUGGCCACUUAGGAUUAAUAGAAAUUUCUUACUAAGUUAUUUAACUCUUAACAUAGGUAAAGUAAUUCUUGGAUAGCAUAACUAAAUGAAAAAAAUAAAAAUAUGCUAAAAAGUUACGCAAGCUCUUAAAAAAAUAAUUAAUCAUUAAGCAAUCUCAAUUGCUCAAUAAUUGAAAGUGUAGAUCAAGAUUGUCAAAUAAAUGACAAUUAACUGAUUUUUAAUGAGAAUGCUUGA